CACAUACUGCGGAGGGACAGGGACUUUUCAAAAGCAUAUUCGUUCCUUGUUUUUUGCCAAGAAUACCGUGGUUUUGAGCAUGAGUUCUGUCGAGGUGAACGAUGAGAAUUGUGGGGUCAUCCCAGCAGGAAAACACAGCAGUUUAAGCCAAGAUAUAUUUGCCCUGGAUCAGCCAACCGGAAGGCCAUCUAUCUUGCGUCAGACAGAGAACCUUCCUAGCAAGACCGUGCCAAAGGGGAUAAAGGUUUGUUUUCAGACCCCAAGAAGAGAUCCUGUGACUAAAAAAAUUAUGUCCCCCAGCAAGUCUGUUAAUUUGUCAAGUAUGGACGAGUGCACUAAAGAAAUGGAUGGCUUACAUUUGGAUAAGUUGAAUACUUUGUCACAGGAACCCAUUGAGCAGCCCAAACAAGAGAUAUCAUCUUAUCCUGAUGACAACAUGCCUAUACAAAGCAAAGGCGGCUAUCAGUUGGAUUUUGACAACCUUGAUGCUAUUGAUCCAUUUCAGGGUUCUAACAAGAUGACCCUCUCUCCUGUAAAGCAUGCAGAUAAAAGUCCUACACGUAAUACUGAGCCUCAACCAGAAAAUAUCUUGGAGGAGCCAAACACAAUUAAUCCCACACUGGAUGACACUCUUCCAUUCAUCCUGUCUGUGGAGAACUCACUUGCUGACUUCUCUAACAUCAGCUCCACAGAGAGCAGUGUCAUCACUGUGACUGUGCCAAAGAUCCCAGUUGCAGAAGAACAAGAUUCAUACUCUGCUACACCUGAUGAGAAACGACCCACUGAUAUGUCUGCAAGCAUUGAUCAAGGCAAAACGUCAGGCAGUUUUGUGGAGGAUGCUCCACUUCCAGGAAAAGGAUCUUACAUCUUGGAUUUUGACAACCUUGAUGCAAUCGAUCCUUUCCAGACUGAGGGCUCUAAAAUUCACAAUAUACCUGUUCUUGAGAGAACGGUACCUAAUAAUGAUCCACCCACAGAAGAAGGUAAACCUGUGGAUGUUGAGGCUGCUAAGGUGGCCGAAGAGUUACCUGCCCAGGAUGCAAAGCCCAUAGCCACAGAGACCCCAGUAUAUGACGGUCCUAUCAAUCUACCCGCAGCUGAAUCCGACUCUGCUGAUGCUCCACUCCAAGCAGCUUCAGUCAAACUUGAGUUUACCUUUGGGGAUGGUGGUGACGUCAAACGAAAACCACCACUCAAAAGAUUUGGCAAAAGGCCUUCUGCUCUGAAACCUAAAGAGGAAAAGUCAACAUCUGAAGCUCCUGUGAAGCCUGAUGCUGGUGAUGUUACUGAUAUUCCACUUCCUAAAGGUUCUUACUCUCUUGACCAUGAAAAAUAUGAUGACCCGUACUUCAGUCCUUUUGGCACAAAAACAAACAUUACUAAUUCUCCAGAGUGCAGCAACAAACCCAGCCCUGUGCUCAAGGAAACAGAGCAAACUGACAAGCCUGGAUCUCCAGAUGGGGCUGGAGACAGUUUGCCAACUGUUGAACUCAGCCACAAAGUGAUUGCUGAUCACAAGGUUGCUUCUGAUCCUGACAAAAAAGUUCAGCAUGAGAGUGAGCAACUCAUGCUGCAUGUCCCCGAGUUAUCUGAGCCACCUCAACCUGACCAGAACUCACAAACCGGCAUGUUGGAAAUGAGUGAUGAGUUUGUUCCUGGAACGAUGUUUAUGGCCAAUGACUUUGAUGGGCAGAUUGACUACCUUGAACAGUUUGGCUCCAGCACUUUUAAAGAGUCUGCACUUCGUAAACAAUCCUUGUACUUAAAAUUUGAUCCUCUCCUGAGAGAGAGUCCAAAGAAGUCAGCAGGCCCGGCUGCUCAGAUGCACGUUGCUGCCCCCGCAGCCUUGGCCUCACGGCUUGAAAUUCAAACAGCAGAUAAGGAAAACACAAAAGGCUCACAAAAGGAUGAUCUCAAACUGUUGGAGGAUACGGCAUUCCCGACUCUGGUCGCUGAGAGCAUCAUCCCUCCUUUCCCCCAGUCUACAAACACUGAAGAUGCCAUCAUUGAAGUGCUGAAAUACAGUCAGAAAGACAUGGAUGCAGCUAUCGCUAAAGUACAAGCAGAGGGAAAGAAAAAAGAGGAACAGUGGAGUGCUGAGUUAAAAAAGCUACAGGACGAUGGCCAGGAAUUGAGGAAAAUAAUUGCUGAAUAUGAACUUGAGAUUGCAAAAAUAAUAAGUGGUCAUGAGAAGGAAAUGGAGUUGGCCCAGGCGAAAUUCAACGAUGCUCUUCUGGAGAAGGAGCAGGUGUCCAACGACCUGAAUUCCAUGGAGAAAUCAUUCGCCGAGCUUUUUAAAAGACUGGAGAAGUACAAGAAUGUAAUUGAAGGUUACAAAAAGAAUGAGGAGACUCUGAAGUCCUGUGCGCAGGACUACUUGGCAAGGAUCAAGAAGGAGGAGCAGAGAUACCAGACCCUGAAAGCUCACGCCGAGGAGAAAAUUGGCCAGGCAAAUGGAGAAAUCGCUGAGGUGCGAUCUAAAUACAAAGGAGAGUUUUCAGCGCUUCAGGUGCAGCUGCGUCGGGAGCAACUGAAAGUUCAGUCACUGGAGAAGAGCCUGGAGCAGAAGGUGAGGGAACCUUUUUAUUAA